AAAAAAAAAGCAUUAACGAAAUUAUUAUUUAUCAACGAAGUUUUAUAGAACUGUUAAUAUGGAGCAAAUGUCUGAUAUUACGGAAAUUCAGAAAGUCUUUUCUGCUUGUAUUGGUGCUUUGGUUACAUCUGUUGUUGUUACGCCGUUUGAUUUGAUUAAAACGAGAUUGCAAAGUCAAACAGUUGAUGCAAAUAUAAUGAAGUCAUGUUGUCGAGAUGUUCUUUAUUCUUCUACACAUUCUCAAAAUAUUGGGUCUUUUUCUUGUGCACUGCAUCCAGAUGUUGUACUGCAUCAUUUCUGUGUGGACCGUCCUACCGAUGCUUCAAAAUAUCAGUUUAAUGGGAUGUUAGGGACAAUGAUUAGAAUUUCUCGAAAUGAGGGAUUCACUGCGUUAUGGAGAGGUUUAUCACCAACCUUAGUUAUGGCUCUUCCAUCCACUGUUAUUUAUUUUGUUGGUUAUGAUCAUCUUCGUCAGUAUUUUUCUUCUCCCGUAGCACCAUUAUUUUGUGGUGCAUUUGCUAGAACUAUGUCUGCGACUGUGAUUUCACCUUUGGAGCUUUUUAAAGUUCGUCUUCAAUCCGCUGUACAUUAUCCAUGUUCUACUUCAAUAUUUUUUACUGUGGUUAGCGGCAUUCAAGAUAUGGUGAAAACACAAGGUCUUAAGAGUUUGUGGAAGGGACUGAGUCCUACUUUAUGGAGAGAUGUUCCAUUUAGUGGAUUUUAUUGGAUGGGUUAUGAAAGAAUUAAAAAUUUUUUAAAAAAUUAUGUAGAGCCUUUUAAGAGCUUGGAUCCAGGAACAUCUGAGUUCUUUAAAAGUUUUAUUUCUGGGGGAAUAAGUGGUUCUAUUGCUUCAUUGAUUACUCAUCCUUUUGAUUCUGUUAAAACACGUCGUCAAAUUCGACAUAACAGUCUUAGAACUAUUUCUGUUAAAAAAGAAAGUACUUGGAAAGUUAUGAAUGAUAUCUUUAGUGAGUCGGGAUUGAGGGGCUUGUUUCGAGGUGCUGUUCCACGAAUGCUUAAAGUGAGUCCUGCAUGUUCAAUAAUGAUUUCUAGUUAUGAACUUGGUAAAAUGUUUUUCAGUCGUUCUUUGAAUCUUUGA